AUGCCUGUGGCCCGCGAAUCACUCAGCCCACCUUCUUCCCCUCGUCCAUCUAAAAGGGUAAAGCUCAAUGAUGACCCAGAAACUUCUCUGGCCGCCGUACCUAAAAUCGACGACUCGUGGAGAAUACCUGUUGACUAUACUAACGGAAUUAUCCUGGCCCCUAUGGUACGCUCUGGGACGCUUCCGACUCGGUUACUCAGUUUAAAAUAUGGGGCAACAUUAGUUUGGAGUCCGGAGAUUAUAGAUAAAGCUAUCAUAGGCUCGCGGCGCAUUGUUGAUGAACGCACAGGGGUAAUUACCUAUAUGAAGCCAAAUUCGAAUAAUCCGAUUUUCACUACCCAUCCUGUUGAAAGGACACAUCUUAUUUUCCAGAUGGGUUCGUCAGAUCCGGACCUAGCUGCGCAGGCAGCCCAAGUUGUCAUCCAAGACGUGGCGGGCAUUGACCUCAACUGCGGCUGUCCGAAACCAUUCAGCGUUCACGCCGGGAUGGGUGCCGCUCUUUUAUCAACCCCCGAUUUGUUGUGCGGCAUAUUGUCAAAACUCCGCUCGACAAUUCCUCCCAACGUGCCCCUUAGCGCCAAAAUCCGUUUGCUCGCCGAUGCUGAAGCUACCCGAGCCUUGGUAUCGAGAAUAUGGCGAGAAGGUGGUAUCAGCGCACUUACUGUCCACUGUCGCACUCGUGAGAUGAGGCCUGCUACACCGGCGGUCACAUCCCGGAUGCGAGAAGCAGUCGACCAAAUUGCAGAGCUCGAGGCCGAGGACAAGACUGGGAGACGGGUUGCAGUUAUUUACAACGGAGACUGCCCCGGUGCGCUAGCCGCACAGGAGAUCAAGGACAGAACUGGCGCGACGAGUGUUAUGAUGGCUCGCGCUGCAGAGGCCAACCCCAGUUGCUUUGAUCCAUCACGACCGGUGCGGGACGCAGAGUUGGAAAUUAUGCCAGAGUACUUGCGUCUGGCAAAGUAUCUCGACAACCAUUUCAGCAAUACAAAGUUCUGUGUCCAACAAUUUAACUCACCAACUACUCCAGAAUCUUCACAAGCACUACCAAAGGCUGCUCGAAAAGCUUUUCAUCAACGCAUUUCUCAGGCCAAAAACUACGAUAUGUUGGAGUCCGCUCUCCCUGGGGGUGGAGGAUUGGGGAGUGGGGAGGACAUCAUGAACAAGAUCAAAGAAACGAUGAGGCAUCGAGUUAUCAAUGCUCAAAAGCACAGAGAAAACGUGAAUGACAGGUUUGGAGUUGAAGGAGUUGAAGGAGUAGAGGUGGAUGAUGAAGGCUUAGGCGAAGAUAAAUUAGAGGCCCCUGUUGAAUCCCCACUUGAAUCUUCGACUCCCAGAGAGGUUCCCUCACGUGUGAAGGUAGCAGCAGCUUGA